AUGUACCAAUUCAAAUUUCUCCUUGGUCUCGUGCUAAGAAUAGCUAAAUCUGACAUUGCCCUUUUGAGAAGCUCAGAUGAACACCAAGACAAUCCGAUCACAAUGUCUCAGAACGCAAAGCUACCUGCUCAAGAUGCGUUGGAAAGCCCUCCAAAUUCAGGACAGCUCAAGUGCCCAAUUCAGACUUUUCAACUCGAUUCUCCACCUUCCAAGCAAAUAAAACUUUAUGCUUCUUCUUCAUUGGAGGAAAACGGAUCCGUCAGGCAAAACACGGGCUCUCAAUUUGUGGCUCAGGAGCAGGUUCCGGUCAUACUUCAAAUUGUGAAACAGUGA